AUGGACGAUAACCAGGAUUCUAUAUAUUCAUGGUGUAUCCCAAUGGGCCUCUUCUUCCAAGAAGCAGUCCCCCAGAACCCCCCCUCCACCAACCUCGGCGGCAAAACAAUCAUCAUCACCGGCGCCAAUAGCGGUCUCGGUCUCGAGGCCGCCCGUCAGUUCCUCCAGUUCAAUGCCUCCCGGGUGAUCCUCGCCGUGCGGUCCAUCGCCAAAGGAGAGGCCGCCGCGGCGCAGAUCCAGCUUGCCAACCCCGAUGCCGAGGUCAAGGUCAUGAAGCUCGACCUCGACAGCUACGACAGUGUCGUGGCCUUCGCCAACCAGGUCAAGCAGGAGCUGACCGACAUGCAUGCCCUCGUGCUCAACGCUGGCAUGAAUCAGUAUGUCUACGAGACCAGUCCGACCGGCCACGAGCGGUUGUUGCAGGUCAACUUUUUGUCUCAUGCAGUCCUAGCCUUGCAAUUGCUUCCGUUGCUGCAGAGGACUGCGUCUAAAGAAGGCUCGCCCACGCGACUCAGUCUGGUGUCCAGCUUCAGCCACCGGAAGCAUUCGAUGACGAGGAACCCCGUGGGCCGCGACGAGUCGAUCAUCCAGCACUUCGACAACCCGGCCAACUUUGUCCGUCAAGUGCGGUACAGUGACACGAAGCUGCUGAUGAACGCAUUUGUGGCCGAGCUGGCGAGACGGCUGCCGUUAGGAGGCUCGAAGACGGACCCCCCCGUCAUCAUCAACUGUCUCUGUCCGGGGUUCGUCUGGACCGACUUCAACCACCGCCUCCCGUGGUAUAUCAGAUGGCCAGCCAUACUGCUGGAGAUGCUGUUUGCGCGAAGCGCCGAAGUCGGUGCGAGGACGAUUGUCCACGCUGCGGCGGUGGCGUCCGAAGAAUCGCACGGCAAGUUCAUGGAGUCCAGCCAUAUAGCUGAGUAA